AUGUCCUCACAACACGACAGUGCAUCUUCUCAACCAAAGAGUCAAUCAAGCUCUGCUGGUUCAGGAUUAGCUGAAGGAAACGAGGAGCUGUUUGAGAAUUUGCUGAUCACUUUGAGGAGUUGUACAACGGUCUUGUUUGAAAAUAUCAAGAUCACCGUGUUCUACAACUCGAAUAUUAGAAAUGCUCAAGAAAUUGCAAAUUCCUUACGUAUAGAUGUUGAGGAGUCGAGACCUUCUCGUGCGAUCUCUUCUUCGUUGCGCGAGUCCUCGGAGGCUUCUAAGAUAUCACAUGGGUCAAACUCUCUCCAUGCAAAAGUGAUUGCAUUCUUUAACAAGUCAUUUGUGUCAGAUGUGGAUAAGGAAACAUUCGAAAGGGAUCUUCAAGAAGCAUUGUUCAACACGAAAUUGGUUUCUACACUUCGUGAAGAGUCCUUCAACAUGAUUCUUCCCACCAUCACUUCAUGGUUUAGUAAUGUGAGCACAUUCAAAUAUGGUUUGGUAUUUCUUCGUGAGGGCAUAAGAUUGUUUCCUCAUCUGUUUGAGAAACAAGCAAAUCUUGUUCACUUUUCCAAAAUUGUUGAUGCUCUUGAAACUCUCAAUGAAGACGACUUGAAGCAUCUCGAAAAUUUCAGUAUCGAAGAAAUUCAAGAAGUAUUCAACUUCCUCAGCUCGCUUUUAGAAAUAUCUUCCCAAUAA